AUGGAUGUCUGGGUAACGAACAUCGGAGAGGGAGUGGAUGUACUCUUAGGAAUGGAUUUCAUGUUCAGUGCUGGAGUACGUCUAGGUAUUCGUGAAGGAAUGGUAGGUCUCCCGGAUGAAGAAUCGAUUUUGAUGUACGGGUAUACUUCUGCCCCCUUCGAGGAUUGCAUCUGCGACCCGGAGAACAUGCAAACGUGGCCAUCCGAUAUGGACAAUGUCGCCCGCUCCAAGACGUCGUAUGGGCAGGACGAGGUGAUCAGUGGGUCACCCAAAUUGUUUAUGACGCACGAUCGUGCAAUAAAAGUGAUCAACGUUUCGGACCGAGACUGUUGGAUCGAGCCUAGGCCACCCGUUGCUCGGAUUGCGGAAUAUGGGGAUAUUCCCAUAAUUAUUCAGGAGAACACAUUGUCCGCGAUGCCGAGGGUGCGUCAGGAAGCGUAUGAACAGAUGCUUCGGGAUGCGGCUCCGCCUGCAGUUAUGGUUCCCAAGUACAAAUGGUUAACGAAGUUACUAGUGAGGCCAAGGGAACCUGAGCGAGCCCAGGUUACGAAGAUCGUGGAAGCGUUUCAACUGCAAAAGGACACCGAUGGUGUGGGAUUGGCUGAGAAUGCUACGCUUGAGGCAUACCCCCGAGUAGAAGUCCCAGACGAGGUGGCUCAGGGAUCUGUAUGCGAUGCUUUCCAGGACGACCCGAGUGUAAAAGACGAGGAGUUCGAGUUACCUUCUUCGGCCGUACCCGGAACACCGCUCGCGAGACUUGAUGCAGCGUAUGGCAGGUGUAUGCGAGUGAGCGCUGAAGAACUCGAUUUGGAACCGGCGGUUUAUAUUCGCGAAGGGAUUGGUUAUGCUACUGAUUUGGAUGAUCUCUCUCCUGAAUGUGAUAUUGAGGCCGCUUACGUUGGGGAACCAAGCGAGAGCACGGAGGACCAUGAGAAGCAGCUGAAGGCCGUCCUGAAAAGGCAUCGGGAGAUCUUCUUAGGUGAUGGGAAUGCUGCCCCUCCCCCGGCGAGGGGCGUCAUCUGUGAUCUAGAUGUAGGUGAAGCCAGGACAGUUGCACAACGACCUCGAUCGGUCGGUCCGCACUUGGGAAUCAAGGUGUACAAGUUAUUAAAGAAGUUUCUGGAAGCUACACUGAUUGAACACACGGAAUCGCCAUGGGCAUCCCCAAUUUUGAUCGUGCUCAAGAAAAACGGAGUGGAUAUUCGAAUGUGUAUCGACUAUCGGGUCGUGAACAGUUUCAUUCAAUUGUCGAACUACCCACUACCGCUGAUUGAUGACUUCAUCACUGGUUUCGAAGGAAUGUGGUUUAUGAGUCUUGACGUGGCGAGUGGUUUCUGGGCAGUCCGAAUGACUGAGAGGGCUAAGCUGAUCUCGGCAUUCACCUGUCCAUUCGGGCACUUCCAAUGUAUACGUAUGCCAUUCGGGUUGAAAAACGCCCCACUAAUUUACCAACAGAUGAUCAACAAUUGCCUGUGGGGAUUUGAUGUGUUAGACUACUUGAAGUUGGACCCUCAGUCACCGAGGGAUGAAAUGGAUGUGAAACGCAGUAUGACACCGCUAGUGGAGCAAAUGACGGUUUUCAGACGCAAUAUCCCUGCACCAUCCCAAAUGGGGCAAGUCUUGGGGCGCAGUUCAUAUAUCGACGACAUCGCGCAUGGGGCGGCCACGUGGGAUCAGCUAUGCGGUGAUUUAGAUGCAUUGCUCUAUCGGUUACGUAUCUCGGUUAGCCUGUCCAAGAGCGAGUUCGGGAAACGUGUCAUACCGGCUACGUGCCACCCCGGAAAUCGUAAAAUGUAUUCAGGAGUUCCAAUUCCGUCUUCCCUGAAAGAAGUCCAGUCCUUUCUAGGCAGCCUGAAUUACUACCACAAAUUCAUUGAGGAUUAUGCCGUGGUAGCUGCUUCACUCUAUGAGUUGAUAGAUGACCAAGAAUCCUUUGAGAUCCUGAAGAGGAAGAUCGUGUAUACACCUCUACUCAGACAUCCGGACCGAACGAAGCCUUUCGUGGUCAUCCCUCAUGCGAAUCAGUGGGCUGCUUGUGCGGUUUUAGGACAGAUGCAUGACGGACUCGUUCAGCCCGUUUGA